UUAUCAUUCCCCUGAGAUAUAGAGACACAGCGCCAUUAUCGUCGUUAUUUUCCCAUUCAUUAUUUAAUCUCUGAUUUCUGUACACUUUUCAACUUCAGCAGAAGAAUCGCCAUCCAAAAUUCAAAUUUGAACAAAAAAUAAAAGAUAAAUAGAAGUGAAAUUAUUUCUUCUGCUGUAGGAAAGAAAAAGAAAGAAAUGAGUUCGAUUCAUUUGAUUAACACUCUUUCUGCUCCGCUUCGCUCCUUUUCUCCGUCCCUUUUUCCUCAAUGCCAUUCCCCUCGUCGUCCUUCCGCCGUCCCGAAACGGCGUCGUUUUUCACACUCCGCUAGGUUCCGCCUUGCCUCCGGUCCAACCGUGAAUUCUGUUCCGCGCGAGAAUGGAACAUACACGGUUGCUGAUUUCAUGACAACGAAGCAAAAUUUAUAUGUUGUCAAAACCACCACCACUGUUGAUGAAGCUCUGGAGGCUCUCGUCAAUAACAGAAUCAGCGGUCUUCCGGUCAUCGAUGAUGACUGGAAUCUGGUUGGAGUUGUUUCAGAUUAUGACUUGUUAGCUAUUGAUUCGAUAUCAGGAGGUCCUCAAAGUGAUGCAAAUUUAUUCCCCGCUGUUGAUAGUUCUUGGAAAACAUUCAAUGAGAUACAAAAGCUUCUUAGUAAGACUAAUGGCAAAGUUGUCGGUGACUUGAUGACUCCAACACCACUUGUUGUUCAUGAAUCGACUAGUCUUGAGGAAGCUGCUAGGCUGUUGCUUGAAACAAAAUAUCGUCGACUACCUGUGGUAGAUGAUGAUGGAAAGCUGGUUGGACUUAUUACAAGGGGGAAUAUUGUUAAGGCAGCCCUGUUGUCAAAACGCGCUGGAGAGUGGUGACUGGUCCCAUAAUUUGAGAAAACAUUAUCCAAAUUGCUUUGCUUUCAGGUUGUGCGGGCGAAAGUCAGCAUAACCUCAUUAUUAUUAGCCACGUAUAAUGCAUGUAGUCAUCAUCUAAUUGAUGUUUAGACUGUUACGUACGUAUAUACCAGGCCAAAAGAGGAGCUGACGGCAACUUUUGAUGGCCUCCUCAGAUCUUCUAGUGGCGGGCAUUAACCAUUUAAAGGGAAUUCGAGAAGUGAUUUAUCGGUCUCCUUUCUUGACAUAGUUUGUGCAUUUAGCUUGGAGACGUUAUAUCCAUUUCAUCUUUAUCUAGUCUUUGUUAAAUCUGACAUGAGGUUGGAAUAGAUCCUUUUUAUCCUGUAUUAUAAACUUAUAUUGUAAAUUGCUUAGGGUUUUAAUUUAUAUGUAAUUAUGUCCGGUCCUCUUUCAUAUUGGAUUAUUCUCGAGGUUCUAAAGUCUUAUCCGUAUUUACCCAGUUCAUUGUUAAAUUGGAUUAGUCAGUGUUUUAUAGACGGGGUCAAGGCCAAGAGAUCCCAUAACGAGUUGACAGACAUUUUC